AUGUCUGUUACGCUUCAUACCACUCACGGAGACCUCAAGGUCGAGCUUUUCUGCGAGACAGUGCCUGAAACAGCGGAAAACUUCCUCGCCCUCUGCGCAUCCGGCGCAUACAAUGACACCCCAUUCCACCGUCUCUUCCCCGGCUUCAUGAUCCAAGGCGGCGACAUCUCUCUCGGACCAGCUCCAGCUUCCCUGGACACAUUGAAACCAAUGCUACCCGUCGACGAUAUCCCCAAAGGCGGCACCUCAAUCUACCAUCCCCGCGCGUUGAACCAGGAAAUCCACCUCCCCGCUCUUCGUCACAACGCGCGCGGGAUCCUGUCCAUGGCAUCCCGGCCUGUCAAGGACCGAACCGCGCCGGGAUCCCAAGGCGCAACGGGAGCAACGGUCAAUGGAAGUCAAUUCUUCAUCACUUUUGCCGCGGCUCCCCAUCUGGACGGCGCAAGCACCGUGUUCGGCAAGGUUCUGAACCUGAGUCCGCAGGACGAAGGAGGUGAUGUUUUGACGAAUUUGGAGAAGGCAAAUGUGAAGGUGGAUAAGAAGGGGAGAGUCAUCCAGCCGAAGGAGGGAUAUGAAGAGAUCAAGAUCAAUCGAGUCACCAUACACGCCAACCCACUCGCGAAGUGA